UAUUGAAAAAAAAAUGUAAAAAUCUUUUAUCUUCUCUUUUAUGUGAAUCAGCGAGUCAAAAUCAGUGCAUCUUCUGAUUUAUUUUGAUAGGUGGACAUUGAUUAAAAAUCAAUAAGUAACUAAUCAAUUAAACAAUUAUCCCGACACAUCGCGCGCUGCAGAGUGCAUAUGUGACGUCACAGGUCGAGCAUCAACAACGAAGUAAAGGGAAAAAUUGACCAUUUUUGUUCGCUAAUUACGUCGCCAUUUUGAGAAAGAAAAUUGUGUGACUUUGCAGACAGUGAGAUCGAGCAUUUAACUUGUGAUUUAUGAAAGAUUACAGCUAUGUAGCAGAGGUUUGUGGAAAGAUGGUUUUACAUGUUUGUUGAUGAAGAACUGUACACAUAGAAUGGUUGUAUAGUUUGAAGCCGGCGUACAUAGACAGGCUGAUAAAUUUUACAAUGGACAAUGUAAACCUAGGUGGAUUGGAUCCGAGAAAGGCAGAAUUGUUAGAAGCAAGGUUUUAUGGGAGGUUUCAGCCUUUGAAUAUACCACCACAAAUGAAUGUGAUGUCACAACAACAAGUACCGAUGCCCAGUGAAAGUAACAGUAAUAUGAGUGGAGGCUCCCUGGAUCGGGAGGAGCAGGAGAUCCACACUCCAGAAAAGAGAACACCAUCCGAGAGAAAGAGAAAAAGGAAACCAACAAACAGUGACAGCAAUCAUGAUGGUUCACUUCUGGCGAAAACCGGAAGACCAGAAGCAAAUGGAAAGAAAAUCAAUGAGUAUUUUAAGCAACAAUGCCAGUCUCCUAGUCGUAGUCAGCAGUGUGUCUCUACCAUAGGCACCAAGUCACCCUCACCCCAAGGUGUUCAAUAUUCGUAUAUGGCAUCAUCUCCGCAGAGCAGUAAUUCAAACAGUAUGCACAGUUACCCAGCUUUGUUCUUCUCUGCUAAAGCUAUACAGACCGAGUUAUCUGCUAUGCAGCUGAAAGCUUUAGAAAGUGGGGCAUCCAAUGAUAUAGCUGAGAAAGAUCAACGAAUAGAAGACCUAAAUAGGCAAAAUGAAGAACUGCGACGGCAGCUUACUGCACAACAAAAAUUAAUUGAAAAACAUAAAGAAAAUCUACAAAAAUGUUUAAAUGUCAACAAAACAUUAUUAAUAGAAAAGAGUUGUUUAGAAAAGAAAACUACGCGGCAGAAAAGUAUGGAAAACCGACUGCGAUUAGGGCAAUUUGUUACACAGAGACAGGGAGCUACCUUUGUUGAGAAUUGGGUUGAUGGCUGGGCCUUCACAGAUCUGAUGAAACAACAAGAACGGAUAGCUCAAGAAAGAGAAGAGAUAGAGAAGCAGAGGAAGUUGUUGCUGAAAAGAAAACCGACAUCCACUAUAUCCAAAAAUACCAAGGACGGAUUUCUUAAACCUGGCACAACUGAAAAAUUGUUAACGUUUCCUGAGUUUUAUGAAAGAGAUGACAUCAUGAAGUUGCGGCAAGCUGCACUUAAAAAAGAAGAUGUUGAUUUACAGUUAGAACUUGAAAAGUUAGAACGAGAGAGAAAUCUUCAUAUACGUGAGCUCAAACGCAUACACAAUGAAGACAGUUCCAGAUUUAAAGACCAUCCAAUUCUAAAUGAGAGAUAUUUAUUGUUAAAUCUCAUUGGAAAGGGAGGAUUUAGCGAAGUUCAUAAAGGCUUUGAUCUAAAAGAGCAAAGAUAUGUAGCGUGUAAAAUACAUCAGUUAAACAGAGAGUGGAAGGAUGACAAGAAAGCAAAUUAUAUAAAGCAUGCAUUACGGGAGUACAAGAUACACAAAAGCUUGGAUCAUCCCAGAAUAGUGAGACUGUAUGAUGUAUUUGAAAUAGACAAUAAUUCAUUUUGUACAGUGUUAGAGUAUUGUGAAGGAAAUGACUUGGACUUUUACUUGAAGCAGAACAAGUGUAUUCCGGAGAAAGAGGCACGCUCGAUAAUCUGUCAGACAGUGAGCGCCCUCAAAUAUCUCAAUGAAAUCAAGCCGCCUGUGAUCCAUUAUGACCUGAAGCCUGGAAACCUUCUAUUGGGACAUCCAGCCACAAAUGCUUCAUUGUUAUCUACGUCAGUGAGUGGAGAGAUCAAGAUUACAGAUUUUGGUCUCAGUAAGAUCAUGGAUGAUGAAUCUGCCACACCAGAUGGUAUGGAUCUUACGUCACAAGGAGCAGGAACCUACUGGUAUUUGCCUCCAGAGUGUUUUAUGGUAGGGAAAAACCCUCCAAAAAUCUCAUCUAAAGUGGAUGUAUGGUCAGUAGGUGUGAUAUUCUACCAAUGCCUGUAUGGGAAAAAACCAUUUGGUCACAACCUGUCUCAGGCAGCUAUUUUAGAGGAGAACACAAUAUUGAAUGCAAAGGAGGUGGAAUUUCCAUCCAAACCUCCAGUCACUCCAGAGGCCAAGAACUUUAUCCGCAAGUGUCUACAGUACAAGAAGGAGAUGAGACCCGACGUAUUACAGCUGGCAACAGAUGAUUAUCUUAAACCAGCUGCAAUGAAGGCAAAAGGAGGUCACAUAAAUGCAGACUACUUGAUGAGUGCUACGACUCCAAGCGGUGCUGCUAAUGCCAUGAAUGUUAGUGCAUCAAGUUCGAACUUGUCUUCACAGUCACCAAGUUUUUCAUUUGGCGACAAACUCACGUAGUAUUAACUUAAUGUAUAUUAGAAUUUUUUUGAAAUUUACAUUUACUUCUUUCAAAGAAAAGACUUAAAGGCUGUUCCAACAUAUAUUAAAAGCUUGGCGAAGAAAAAAAUCUGUGAUUCAUGUGUUGGGAGGAUGUGUAGUCGGCAUUGUUGUUGGUUAUUGUGUUAACACAUAUGCAGUUGUAUCAAUAUAAGAGUUGUGUGCUGGAGUUUCUGACAUUGGAUGGAUCUGUGUGGAUGUACAUAGUAUGUAUAGUGUUCAGCAAUACAAAGUGUGAUAAUAAUGAAAAAAAAAAAUGAUGGAAAAAAGAUGUGAUGAAAAAAAAGAAAAAUCAAAACGGAAUGGUGCAGAAGAUAUUUCCAUUCAAAAAAUAGGAAGUGGUGAACUAAUACAGUUGAUUUCUUCAACAUACAUAUUGUAAAUUGGGCAGUGGACGAUCUAUAUAAGAAGUGAAGUCUAGCGUCUGGAUUCAUGUGAUUUUCUAGUACAUGUGGAAUGGAAAUACAUCCAAAUAGAGCAAAAAAUCUUCAAGACUAAACUUGUAACAAAAAGAGAAGGUUAAAUUCAACAGCAUGUAUAUUAUAUAUUGAGUCAUGCAAUGAACAGGUACCUAUGGAAAGGAAAUGCGUAAUAAAAGAGCAAAAGAUUUUCAAGACAAACUUGUAACAAAAAAAGAAGAUGGUUAAGUUCUAUAGCUUGUAUAUUACAUGUGUUGCAAUAAAUGUAUAUUGAUAUAGUUUUCUUACAGAGGUUUAUGGGUUAACAGAUAAAUUUCCUUUUUUUAAUACGAAAGGUUUAUUUUUUGAAAAUAGUAAAUCUAUUAUAAAAUACAGUUGAAUGCUUGUGUGUAGGGCGGCUUUUUUACAUAAAAAUAGAUAUGAAAGACCCAGUUGUGCAAAAAAGUAUGUUGGUCAUGACAGAUUACCAGGCAAAUUCUUCUAGCCUUCUAUCACCGCUUUAUUUCUGAUCACAGUUCAACUUUAGAUUUUUACAAUUUUAGGUUUACAAAUUUAGAAGUUACAAAAAUCAGCUGCUGUAAGAACAUUUAUUGAUAGAAUGCUAUAAUUUCUAUUUGAUAUAAAUGCUAUUGAAUACUGUUCAGUAACAAGGAUGUUAGAGAAAUAUUUGAUCAAGUUGUCCGACAUUGUUUCAAAAAAGUCAAUAAUGCCUCUUAAAUCUAAUAUUAUUACUGCAACUCUUGAUCAAGAAUAUUAUGUAUGCUGAAAGAAGGUCACGAUAAAACACUUAAGAUAUGCAUUGCCAACUGCUUGACUUAAAUUGCAAUAAUUUUUAACUUUCACAACGUUCAGUAUUUUCAAUAACAGUGUUUCCUUUAUUGAGUAGAAGUGUUUUUAUAUAGCAAGCCUUACAGAGUAUUAUUUUGGUAGGACAGAUGUAACACAGUAGAAAAUGUUACUGAGCUAAUCACCUGAUGUGUCAAGUCUGUGAUUUAAUGUAGUUUUUCAUGUAAGGCUCCCAUGUUUACACUUUUAAACAAGUCCAUGUCGUGUUGAUUGGUAAACAUUUACAAAAUUUCUACCUGGUUUAAGGGAACGAUCACGUGUUAAACUAUGGAAGACUUGUCAGCUCGUAAAAUUGAAUAAAAUCAAGUAUUUUUCUGCCUGUUGAUAAUAAUAGAACAUAAAGCUUCCAUUAUUUGGACAGAACUUAACAAUGUAAGAAGGCUGUGUACAGCCUAAAAUUGAUUUGAUUAAAAUGAAUAAAUCUAUUUUUGCAACGUAAUUGUAUCAAACAGUACCAAACAUUACGUAAAAAUGUCAGAACAGCAUGACCUUUGCAAAAAUGUUAUAUGCCAUGAUUUUUUUUUAAAAAAAGGUUUCCGGUUUAAUUUGAGAAAAUAAUGCAUUUAGAACUUUGGGCCCCUUUUAAAGAAGGGUGGCCGAGUGGUUAAGGUAGCUGACUUCAGAUCACUUGCCUCUCAUCGAUGUGUGUUCAAGCCUCACUGGCUGCCUUACAGUAGGUCGGUGGUUCUACCCAGGUGCCCAUUGGUGAUGAAAUAAUGCACAGAGGGGCACCUGGGGUCUUCCUCCACCAUCUAAAGCUGGAAAGUCACCAUAUGACCUAUAAUUGUGUCAGUGCGAUGUUAAACCCAACAAAUAAAUAAAUAAAUAUCCUUUAUAGAAGGGAAAAAGUCACCCAGAGUGAAAACAGAAUGCAAUGAUUGAAGGUUGUUUAAAAGAUCUUGGAAAAUUAACUAAAUUCUGUAAACGUGGGAGCAUUAAUUAGGUUCAUGUAGGAAUUUGUCUUCAUCUGUAAUUUUUGUUUAACUUUUUCUUUGCAGUGUUCUGCAUUACUUGUUGUUUUUAAUUAGUUUGUGACUUAUUUCUUUAAUGAAAUUUAUGGAACAAAUUACAGUUAUUUGGGUAGAGUCGGGGGGAAAUGAUAAUUUUUUCUGAGGUUGAAACUUUACAAAAACCAAUUAAUGGCAGCACAAAAUUAAGUAAAUAAUUGCCAGUGUUUCAGUGUAAACUAUAGUAUAUAUAAAAAAAAUAUAUAUUUAAGCCAAUGACGCAAUGCUCAGUUGCUUUUUUUGAAAAAUGAAUUUUUGAAAUUUUUGCUAGUUUACUAAGGGAUAGAAUGUUUCGAAAGUUUAGUUACACAUGUAGUUUAUGAUAAUUUUUGAAAGGGUCUUAUAAUAACAUGUGUAUGGAUGAAAUUGUCUGUUCACAAACUUCAUGAAAAAUACUUGACCAAGCAAGAAGUGAUUUUUUUGUCAGCAUUAAUUGUGCUAAAUGUUGAUUUCGAGUUGUUGUUGUUGUCAUUAAAUGGGAAUCAUAUGUCGUGUGAUCUUGCCACAGUCAUGUUAUAUUUACCAUAUAGUCAUGUAACUUGGUGGGAAGGUUUUUUUUUGCAUAUUGAUUGAAUAUGAAGGCUUAAAAAAAAUGUGAUAAUGCAUCAAAAUGUGCUGAUAUCUUAUAUGAGCCAUGCCAUGGGAAAACCAACAUAGUGGGUAUGCGACCAGCAUGGAUCCAGACCAGCCUGCGCAUCCGCGCAGUCUGGUCAGGAUCCAUGCUGUUGGCUUAUAGUUUCUCCAAUUCCAAUAGGCUUUAAAAGCGAACAGCAUGGAGCCUGACCAGACUGCGCGGAUGCGCAGGUUGGUCUGGAUCCAUGCUGGUCGCAUACCCACUAUGUUGGUUUUCUCAUGGCGCGGCUCAUAUAGAUUGUUGGAAUUAGUUGAAGAUACAUUGUACAUGAAGUGAUACCUGACUGCCCUGAAGGCGCAUUUAUUUGAGCAGUUAGCAGACCUUCAUGCUAUGGUCCUAAUGCACUCUGUGAUUAUAGUGUAUAGAUUGUCAGUAACAGAUUGUUUCUGUAUCAAGUUUUUCUUGUUUCAGUUCUACAGCAUAAUAUUUGAUACACCAUUCAGUAUGAAAUGACAGUGCAGCACGCAAUGUAUGAAUAAGGGCUGCGUUUUAGAUCUGUUUUAAGGAUAUGCUAUUCAGCAUACUUGAUACUUUUCUGUGAAAAUGCCAGACCGUAUAGCCCAUUGUCUUCGCGCAAGAAGGGGAGAGCAGGUCUUCUGAUCAAUUGGUCUAUGAGGUUGAUCCGGGAGGUGGGUGAGGGGUAUGUUGUCCACUUGGAUUUGAUAAGACAUUGUGUCUGAAAUUAUUCAAUGGCCUCCACUGAUAUUGGCAGCUACUUGCAGAGGGCAGAUUAGUUCUUGUAAACAAUCUAGGAUUACUGGUAAGAUUAAAAGUCGGUUAUUACAUAACUGAAACACUGUCAAUGAAAAACCGCGCUAAACCAAAAAAAAAGAUAAAAACACCCUUAACCUUUAUGAAAGGUCUUCCCUUAAUACUGACUGGGCUUUCACUUCUAUAAAGUGCUAACUUUUUGUUUAAUAAUGGCAGUUAUGCUGCUUGCUUACACAAUUCUUGUCCUUUACUGCCUAGUCAAUCGGCAACAGAUUUGUGACAGUAGGAAUUAUAUACCCAAGUAAUAAGAGAUGAAUAUUUUCAUGAAAACAAAUCCUGCUUUUUUUUUUCCAACAUAAGUCUGCCCUGAGAUUUAAUACCUUUGGCAUGUUUUCUAAAUGACUGCAGAUUUUCGGCUUUUUUUUUUUUUAAUGUGUAACAAAUGAAGAGAUUUUGUUACUUAGGACAGAUUAAUGUUUUGCAUGCUUGAUGAGAUGAAAUUACUAUUUUGCAGUAUUCAUGACAUAUGUGAAAAUUGUCAGGACAACAGUUCCGUUUUAAUAAUCUAAAUCAUUAUAUAUAAAUUAAAUCAGUGGCUGUUUCACUGAUGCAUGUCACUUUAAAAUGCACUAAGAGAUUUUAGUAGGAUGAGAUGGUAUAAAAUUGGCGUCACUGCUUACAUUCCUACUAGUCUAGAUUAAAUAAAUAUGUGAUUGUCAAAGUUGCUAUAAUUGUACAAUUGUGCCAUGCUAUGUCUCUGCACAGGUCUGUGAUUUAUUAGGACUGGUUCUGAAUUCAGGCGUCUCAGUUUACAGAAUUGCCUUAAUUAAAUAUUGGGGAAAAGACAAUUUAGAAUUUGGAAAGUUUUUUCAGGUUUUGUACUGAAUCCCAGGUCUGUCUACAGUUCUUUUCAAAUUUCAUAAUUAAUUUUGGUGUUUGAAAAAAAAGUUACAGCAUUUUUAAAUUGCAAACUUUGCGAUAUUCAGUGCCGUCUUAAAAUAAGGGGGACAAGGUAAAAAUAGAUAAUUUUUCACCUGAAUAUAGAGUCCUGUUAUUCGUUAUAUGUUUAAUGGUUUUCAAAUAGUCAAGAUCUUUGUGUAGUUUAUUGCCUGACUUACAAUGAUUCAGGGUUUAGUUGUGCAGGAAUUGAAUAUCCAAGCAUUUUAUGUUCAUACAAUUUUGCAGUUGAAAAUAUCUUACGGGGGUAGAGGUAGGGGGGUGGGGGCACUGAAUGAAUGGAGUUAAUAAGAUAUACAGUAUUUCAAUAUCUAUGUAUAUCAAGACAACAUUAUUUUCAAAGAUAUUGAACAAUUAGUUUAGAUGAAGCAGUAAAUGUUCAAUGCUCUUAACAGUUAUUUAUUUUUUGCUACAGUUAUUUAAUUUCUUUGGUGCAGUGUACUUAAGUACACUAUAAUUUCAUAAUUAGAUUUAUUUAAGUUGCUGACUAUCUCUGAUUCUUUUGAAACUUCUAUUACUGAACCUGUGUAACUUGUAUCUUUUGUUUUAAUCUAUUUAAUUUGUCUUACAAUUAAAGUGUCUACAAGGUAUUUUUUUUGACCGGCAUUGGUAAAGAUUUUUGUUUAGGUCCAUUUUCUCUUUAAAACAAGAGCUAAAGCUUUGAAACUUGUACACUUAUUUAUUACCUCAACUUGAGCAUGAAGUUCUCAUGGUGAGCUUUUAGGAUUGUUGGAUGUUCAUCAUCAGUCCAUAUCAGUCCAAUUGCCAUGGCAACCAAAAUUAAAAAGUUUUUUAAAAAUUUCAAAACCACUAAUUAGCCAGAUUUCGAAAUAGUUUUACAGCAGUGUUACUUCAGUGACCGUCUACUAAUCCUUGAUAUAAUACAGUUUUGUUAAAAAACAUGGACACCAGGGGCAGGGCUAGUUUAAGCUCUAUGAAUGUAUGGAAAACUUCGAAAAUCUCUGCUUAAACUGCUGGCCUAAUUUUAGAAUUAUUUCACAACAUCGUUUCCAAAAUAAUUUGAACAGCUCUGAAUGUCAGGUGAGUGAUCUAGGGCCAUCACGGCCUCUUGUUUGAAAAAGGAGUCUAAAUGGACAGUCUGUUAGUUAAUCUUUGUGACUGCAUCUGGUUCACUCAAGGUUUUGAAAUAAUUUAAUAUUAACAAGCCAUCCAGCUGGUAGACAGAAGAUUGAUGACUUUAUCUAGGUCUUUCCAGCCGACGUUUAACAAUAUUUUGAAGGGCUGGAUGUUCUGUGUAGUCACAUAUGUUUAUGGGGUUUUGUUAAUUUUAGUAAGUAAAUCAGUUGCUGUGAGUGUUGAAAUACAAUCAUGUUUCUCAUGUCUGGUUAACUAAGAGAAGUUAAUUGAAUGGUCCAUGCUCUUAAUUAUGCAAAGAAAAAAUGAGCCGUGCCAUGAGAAAACCAACAUAGUGGGUAUGCGACCAGCAUGGAUCCAGACCAGCCUGCGCAUCCGCGCAGUCUGGUCAGGCUCCAUGCUGUUCGCUUUUAAAGCCUAUUGGAAUUGAAGAAACUAUCAGCAAACAGCAUGGAUCCUGACCAGACUGCGCGAAUGAGCAGGCUGGUCUGGAUCCAUGCUGGUCGCAUACCCACUAUGUUGGUUUUGUCAUGGCACGGCUCAAAUGCUGAUUUCAGUUGAUGACUGGUCAUAUUAAAUGAAUGAGAGCUCCGUGAACGAUGAUAUUGGGUGAAGGAACAAGAUUUUUACAAAAUUAUUGUCUAGUCAUGUAUUGAGGAUCUUGUAAUGUGAAAGAAAGAUAUUAUGAUUGGUUAGCUGCUGGGUGAACUCUCACGUACACUUAUUUUUACUUUUUCAGUCUAAUUAGAUAGAUUUGUUCAGGGGUGGGGGGAAGUGGGAUUCGAUGGAGAUUUUAGGAAAUCCAUGUAGUUUUUUUCUUUAAAGAAAGCAUAUUGAACAAAAAAGAAGUUUUUAAGAUAAAAUGUGAAUAAAUUCGCAAUGUGUAUUAUUUUUGCUAACAUUGUUUUGUUGCAAUUUAUUUAAAUAUGAGCUAAUAUUUACAUACAAAAGUGUUCAAUACCUCACAGAUUUAAUGUACCUUUUUGAACGUUUUCAAUCAUGAGAUGGGUUUGGUAUAAUAUAAUAAAUAAUAUUAUAUUUUGAUAUUUUGUUUUCAAUACUUUGAACUCGGGAGUAAAUCAACCCCUUGUUUGAAGAACUGAAACUGUUAGGUUUUGGUAUUGAUUAGGUCUUAUUCAGAAUGGGGUCUGGAUUAUGGGUGGGGUUAGUCAUUUUAAAGCCUUUUAUUCAAAAAACAAAGCUACUUUGAUUUAACUAGAAAUGAUUCGGUACAGCUUUAUUUAGUAUAGAAUACUGUCUCGGAGAGUGGUUGGUUAUUACAAAACAUUAAAAAGCAAAUUUUUUUUUAGUAUGAAAAUAAUAGUUUCUGUCUAAAGGAUAGUGUAUAGUUGUAGAAAAGUUGGAUCAUACCUGAAAGCAUUAAAUAUUUCCAGAAAAUAGGAUUCUUGUAAAACUUUUACUUUAAUCAUGUCUCAUCUAAAGAAAUCAUGACUGAAUGUGUGAAUCAUCAGUAAAAUAUUCAUUAGUAUUUAUUUUGUGAUUCAGUAUGAAAACUGUGGUUAUAUGUUAGUUAAUGGUGAUUGUCAGGAGAUUGACAGCUGAUUGUCGGGUGAUUGACAGAUGGUUGUCGGGUGAUUGCCAGAUGAAUGAGACUGUGCACUUGAGAAUGCUUGAUUUUAUUGCAAUUUUGCAACAUUUUACUAAAAGUAUCCAAAUAAUGUAUAUAAUUUAUGUGAAUAAAUUUUUGCAAGAUUUUGCAAGACUAUAAAUACACUUGUGUACAGUACUGUUCCCGUGUUUCAUUUGUCUGUAUGUUAACAGUACACAUUUUAUUUGUUUUAAUGUUAACGACGUGUACUAUAAUUGUUGAAACCAUUAUGUGCUACAUGCAUUUGUUUAUUUUAGAAGUAAUUUUUGACACUUGUAAAAAAUGAGCUAUUUUUUUAAAAGUAGACAAUGUUUGGUCGGUGACAAGCGACAUUGUCUUCUCUGACUGUUGGCUUUAAUAAGGGCUGCUUUAAAAAAUGGUCUAUACUGUACUACAUAUACCAAACUGUUGAAUUAAAACAAAUACCCACUGGCCUCAUACUAUUAACAGAAGAUCUCCUUGGUAGAGAUACAAAAAAGGGACCAUAUUGUUUUACCUCAGUAUUAAGAGAGGUCCUCUAAUUGAAUCUGGUACUUAAACUGGGAUUUCUAGAAGGGUAGACAUUAUGUUUAUUCCAGUACUAUUACCUUUUUUUUUCUCCAAAAAUAGGUAGACAGAAGUUUGUGGCAGAUAUUAAGCAGACUGCUGGUCAGGCCCCAAUUUCACGGAAAAAAACUUAAGUAAUUACUUAGCUAAGUCUGUUAUUUCAAAUGCCUGUAUUUGCUCUUUAUGUGUCUUUAAUGUUGAUUUUUUCAGCUAUAACAGAACCAUAUAUGAAUGUUUCAUAAAUAAAAAGACAAGAAUUCUGAAUUUUAAAGAAAACGAAGUAUAAAAAUAAGGAAUAUACUUAAGAAAAUACUUAAGUUGGUUAUAUUGUGCUUUAGUAGAAAUGUGAUAUUUGCUUGACUAAAAUAAGUACUGCAGACAAAAACUACUAACCAUAGUGUAAUUUAGCUACAAAUACAUUGUUAUAGAAAAAAUCAACAUGAAAUAACAAUAAAUUAAGCAAUAGCAUAAUUUUGAAAUAACAGACUUAACUAAGUAAUUACUUAAGUUUUUUCGUGAAAUCGGGGCCAGAGACUUAAAAAAAAAGAUUCCUCUUAAAGGUUUUGCUUUUCUGUACACAAAAUAAGAAAAGAAAAUGAUAAUUUUAGCAUAGAUUUCAAAUAGUUUUUAGUUGAACAAAAUUAUAUUUUUUUAAUGAGGUAGAGAUGUUUACCUCACCUUUUCAGUACUGGCAUUAUUUUAGGCACAAUUUUCUCCACAUUAUUGGUAAAAUAUUUUGUAAAUGUUUAGCGAUAAAUAUUAGGUACCAAACAACAGUUAUCUCCACUACUCUUGUGUGCAUAUUACUUAUGCUGAACAAAGAAUUUCUGACAGGUGAAAAAUCACUGUAGCGUGGGCAGACCAUUAUAAGAAUAAUAUACUUAAUAAUUCUAUGGGGUUUGAUAGAUUGAUUCUGUUCUGACUCUGACUUUUUGAAUUUAAGGUAGCAGGUCACAUAAUGACAGUCUGCAAAUUUCUAUCCAACUGUUAUGUUGUUUGAUAUUUCCAUAUUCUUUGGCUGUAAUGCAAGGAGCAGGUGGCAUUUCGUAAAAACACAAGAAUGCCAAAGUUGGAUAUGCAGUUGAAUGAAAAUUAUAGAUUGUUACUAUGAGUCUGCUACCUUAAAUAUUUGGUCAUUUUGAGUCUGAUAGACAGUUCUCAAGUUCCUAUUCUUUCUUAUCCAAAGAAACAAAUGAAUCUUAACUACACUGGAUUUUACGUUUUAAUGAUGUCUUAUUCAUGUUUCCAUGUUUCUUACAUAUUCACAAAAUAUUUGCAAAAAGGCUGUUUCCCAUAAUGUUUCCAUACACUGAUUUUAAAUUCUUUUAUGAAUUUUACCAUCUAUUGUAUUGUCACCUUUUAUUCAAGAAAAUUGUUACACAUGAAAAACAAAACACAAUGUGAUGAAUAUAGCCAUAACAAGUGUCAAAAACAACAAAAAAUAAAUGGAGAUAUUUU